GUGAGAGAUGGUUCCUUAGUUUUCUUCAUUCUUCCCAAAUAAAAAGUAAAACCUAGCGUAAACAUUUGCUACCCCUUCUGCGCGUUAUUCCUCUUUUCGUUUCAAGUAGCGACCAUAUAUCCUCUUUUCAUUUUUAUAUCGCAAUUCGAUUAAGCCAAAUAAUACUUUCAUUCCAUAAUUAUUACCAGGAUUUCUUUGAAUUGCAGAUUCAAUUGCUGCGAUCUCCAUUCUUCUCCCAUGGCUUACGUUGAGGGAGGUGUCGUGAAAUCAAAGCGAUCACUAUGGCGACUCAAAACAAUAACUGAUUUUUUUUGGGCCAUUGUUAACAUUAUAGGCGUGUUUUUUGCUACAAUGUUUUCGAUGGAAAAGGCCGAUGCCUACAGGAAAGGUGCCGCUUCUGGUAAGAAAUGGGAUGGUGGUGCUCCUGGAGGUCCGGGUGGAGGUGGUGGGGGACCAUAUGGCGGUGGUCCACGUGGCCCACCUCGUGGUGGUCUUGACAAUGUUCGUGGCCUAGAUAGUAUUAGGGGGCGUGACCAUGCCUCUCUUCCUGCCUGUGGCUCCUGCUGUGGUUGAGUGUUUGGUAUCCAAUCUACUUAUUGCAUUGGUCGGCUAAAUUUGUAUUUGGUGUUCAUGGAUCAAAGCAAAAGAAAGUUAUGACUAUGUUGUUCAUACUUUUAUAGUUUGUUUUUCUAGCACAGGCUUGAGACAAUAUCAGUAAACUUCUUUAUAGAGAGAAAGUAUAUGAAUAUGUGUGCGUGUAUUUUAUUUUUCC